AGCUGUUUUUGCUUGGGUGACGGGGCCAACGGUGGCCAUUUUGGCCACCGGGUGCGGCGAAGGAACCCGACGGAACCUUCGUGGUGCCAUGACAUGUCUCAACUGGCCGGAUGGAUACCAGAUACCACAGCAGGACGAGGAAGUCCCGGUGGGCGAGAAGAGCAGGGGACCUGUCUUGAAGGAUGCCGUAGCCUAUGGCAUCCGAUCGCUCAUGCGGAGGGCGUUAUGGAGAGAGAGAGAGAGAUCACCACAUUUGAGGCUCGAUCGAACGGCUCUAGCAGUUUGAUUGAGAAGCUUCUGGGCAAGGCCUUGAAUGAUGACAUUCUUGCAAAGCUCCGAAGCCUUUUCGCCAAAAAAUGCGGCCCUGUACGUGGUACGGCGCUGCUGCCGGGCAGUGUAUGCUUUUGCCUCCAAGACGUCCGAAAAGGGAAAGACCAAGGUGCACCAGAGACUCAGUCGAUGCAGCCAGUCGUGUUGCUUCCAACCGAGUCGGGCUACCAUGGGAGCCACAGGUAUUGCGUGGUGGGUGGCCUUCCACCCUUGCCCAAGAAGGUUUAUCGAGUUCGAUGGUCGUCCUUGACUCCUUUGGAUUCGGGCGACGAGGACAUUAUCUUCCGACAUUAUCGGAUCCUUUGGCGACGCCCAGGCACCAAGGAAGAUGAGCUGGUGGAGCUGGCUGCCCCGAGCGAGCGAGGCCUUUGUCAGAUCCUGGCCGUAGAUGGCGUGCACGAGGUGAACCCAGAGGAACUCAGCUGGAACCGUGCCAUGCCAAAGAGGUUUGAGAUGGAGGCUUAGCCCCAAUGUGAGCCCUUUGCACAGCCUUUUGAGACUUUCCGACCUCUCAACAUGACCCAUCAGCGCUUUCCAAGCGCCAAUCAGCCUUUAAAAAAAAUUCGCGUGUGCGCACACCUCGCAGUUGCAAUGCAAUCGGCCCGGUCUGUGCGUGCGCUGCAACUUCUCCGGACCCAAGGGCCCAACUCCUAACUCCUCCCAGUCGACGGACUGGACGGAGUUUUUUUUCAAGAAAAUCCAAAACCAAAAAAUUGUAGUUCUCAAAACGCUUCAAUCAACGAAGAUCAGAUUCCAGGAGGCUUCAAUCAACGCUUGAAGCUGGGACCUGCUCAAUUGGCUUUCAAGACGCAAAAA